AUGGUCUGCCACCAAGCAUCUUCUCUCUUGCUGCUCCUGUUGACCAUCACAGGAACGCUAGGUCAAAGGAUCAUCGGAGGACAAGAGGUCGAGCCUUACUCCAUCAAAUACCAGGUCUCAAUCCAGCACGAGCGCAACCACUACUGCGGAGGAACCCUGGUCGCAGCCCAGUGGGUGGUCUCUGCUGCCCACUGCUGGAGGCCGAGUUCCCUAAUUCAGAUAGUGUUGAGCGAGCACAGCCUUGCGGAGGUGGAGGGCGUCGAGCAGGUCUUCAACGUCUCCAGGAUCUAUGUGCACUAUCAGUACAACUACAGGACCUUCAACAACGACAUCAUGCUCAUCAAGCUGAGCAGGCCGGCCAUCCUGAACGCCUACGUGCAGCCGGCGUACGUGCCCAGCGAGAGUGACCCCGAGGUGACGGGCGGCUCCACGUGCACGGUGAGCGGCUGGGGGGUGACGCGCAUCUACAGCUACUACCUGUCGCCCGUACUGCGCGCCGUGGACGUCAGCAUCAUCCCCGCCUGCUACUACUACUACUACUGGAGGAUCACCGACAACAUGAUCUGCGCCGGCUCACCCUUCGGGGGCAAGGACUCAUGCCAGGGUGACUCGGGAGGUCCCCUGGUCUGCUCGGGGCGGUUCGAGGGCAUCGUCUCCUGGGGUAUCAGCUGUGCUAACCCCUAUUUCCCCGGCGUCUACACCAAAGUCAGGAACUUCUCCAGGUGGAUCGACUGGAUCAUCACCAACAAUUCAUGAAAGAAGUAUUGGGAUGAGUUACAAAAGAAACGCAAAGCAUCCGAUGCAAAUCGAAAUGUUUGACGCAAUGAGUCUCGAUUAUUUUCACGGGAUGACUCAUGUUAUUAAACUAAUAUUUGCAGAUCUGGCAAAAGGAGGUGUGAGAUUGUAACGAUGAUAAAUAUUUAGUGAAUCAUUCUGAUUGCCUAGUAUUUUCUGCUCAAUAUAUGGAUUCGUGUGAGGAUGCUAGUAAGUGUUAGUCUCAGAGCUUUGUAAAUGAAAAGAGGAUGGUCUCACAUUUGAGGCCACGAGCGUUUUGAAGCAUGUGCUUGAGGGAAGCGUGCAGUAACUCAUUGUCUUAUUAACUCCGAGCCGCCGCUCAUCAGAGAAGAACAGCCAGCUGCUAUUGGUUUUACUCUGAAGAAAUUGUGUAUAAGUUCCUUUCCCCCUCCAUCUGACCAGCACUAAUAACCACUGAUUUAGUUUUGUCAUUUAUUUAAUUUUAACCCAUGAAAUAUUAUGGAGAGUGACUGAAGACUAACUGUAUCUGGAGAAUCUGGUCACUGUCAACUUCUUCUAUCUGAUAAUGUCAAAUUCCUGUUUUGUUGCAUUGUUUAGUUAGGAUACCUGUGCGCUUUCAACAAGUAUGCAGUGAUUUUUUGUAUAUGCCUGUCUGCUUUAAAGUUUCAUUUGAUACUAUUCUAUUCAACUUGGAGGAGUAAUCAUUCACCAAGUGGACAAAGUACAGAAACCUUACAAUCAACACACGCGCGCGCGCGCGCACACACACACACACACACACACACACACACACACACACACACACACACACACACACACACACACACACACACACACACACACACACACACACACACACACCUCAUUCGCAUCACAUAUCUGCUACAGUAGUCUUCACAGCCUGCGCAGUCACAUGGAUAAUAACUAAGCUGUAAUGACUGUGU